CGCAAAUUCCAGUAACUUAGAGGCGGGUUGAAGUUGCCUGAGUUUCUUCAGCGUAACCACGUUUUACAGUAUACCGUUACGUUAAUAUUGUAACUGUCUCAAUAAGGCUAGUUUUUUUCGUAUUAUAUUUGAUUACAUGUAACAUAUUUCUCGCCGGAUACCACCAUAUAGAAUUCUGGUUAUGUUUUGUGCUUAGCAGCUUAAACCACUGAAAGCUGAUGUUCGUAAUAGUAGCUGGUUUUUAAUAAACUCCUCACGAACGAGUUUAUAAGGAAUACCUAAAUUCGAUUUUUUUGUAGGUUUUGAUUAGAAGUUGAGUUAAAGUGAUUAGUAAUUAGUGACAAAGUAUUUACAUACAUCACAAUCACAGUAUUACUAUUAGCAGCAAAUGAAAUGAAUUCCUCUCCACCGACUUUAGGCUUAGUGACCGAUGUUCUUGCCAGUAAGGCGGGCAAGUCUGAUGGAGAAGUAGUCAUUCAAGGAAAAAAGGUACCCCCAGACGGUGGAUGGGGCUGGGCUGUAGAAGUUGGUGUAGUGAUAGCCAAUCUGCUGAUAAUUGGUCAUGUUAAAUCCUUUGGAGUUUAUUUCACACCGCUUAUGGAAAGGUACGAUGCUACACCUUCGCAAGUUGCCUGGAUUCCUGCCAUUCAAAUAGCAAUCCUGACGUUUAUGGCUCCUUUAGGUAGUAUAUUGGCUCAGCAAUUAAGCCCACGUCGAGUAACUGUUAUCGGAGGUAUUAUCGCCUGUAUAGGUCUGGUCUGUUCGUCUCAAGCUAGCAGCAUCAAAAGCCUUUACUUCACCUACGGAGUUCUAGGAGGUUUAGCUGCCAUGAUGUGCUUUACUCCUGGAGUGAUGAUGAUAAGCCGUUAUUUUCAUCGUCGACGAGGUCUAGGGAACGGAAUUGCCAUGGCAGGCAAUGCUGUCGGAGGAAUGAUCCUACCGAUUAUGGCAGAUAAAUUACUUUACUAUUAUGACCUAUCUGGAGAACUUCUUAUUAUGGGAAGUCUGAUGCUUCAUGCAUGUGCAGGAGCUAUGUUGUGGCAACCUGUGAAAUGGCAUAUGAAGACUGAAUAUCCUAAUGCAGAGGACUAUAAAGAUGAAUUACUCUCGCAACUACCGAUUACACCAGUUACACAGUCAACCAGCGACACAGGCAACAUUAUCAACUCUCGUACAACCUCCUGUGAGCGACCACGAUCAUCCUCUGUAGAUGAGAUUGUUAUAAACAAUGUAUCUUGUGAUAUACAUUUUAGUCCUAAUACAGCGAUAGCAAGGCAAGAAACGAGCUAUAACGAAGAAGAACGUGUGAUAGAUUUCGUUUUUGAAGAUCAAAAAGCACAUGAAUACUAUUCAGGAUCUACAAGCAGAAAAAAAGACUCACCAUGUGGACAGUGUUCACGAAGGUCUUCAAGACGUACUUUGCCAUACAAGCGAACACCGUUGUUAUUAGCCCAAAGUGUGGACGCUAUUCAUGGAUUAGAGCGAGUUGAAGUCGAAAGCAUAGAAUCGGUGGCUUCGUCUCUCAACUAUUUGAGUACGUUUUACUUGGGGCCAUCAUCUAGUGCUGUACCAGUUGUAGAGGAACUCAGUGAGGAAAAUUCUGGUUUACACUCCCCAUCUGAGUGUGUUCAAACACUGCAGAAUGAAUAUCAAUCGAGAUUAAGAAUUCCAAAACGUAUCUUAGUCUUUGUUAAGAGGAUUGGAAGACUGAAAUAUAUGGAUACAUCUUUUUUUACUGAUAGUCGAUUUUAUGUACUGGUGUUUUCCAUGGGUUUUCACCAGUUAGGUUACCCUGGAACGCAAAACUUUUUACCUCUUUAUGCAGAAAAAAUAAUAGGACUGACGCAUAGUGAAGCAGCCACGUUGUUAACGGCUGUUGCAUUUGCUGAUUUAAUAGGUCGAGUUGGAUGUGCGUGGUUGUCAGACUAUCAUCUUUUCCCUAGGAAGUAUUGGUACGUGAUGGGUCAGUUUCUGUCUGGUGUAUUUGCUUUCCUGUUGCAGUUUACAAAUGAAUACAUUCCAUUGUUAGUGUGCUCUGCUGCUUUUGGCCUUGCCUCUGGAUCAUACAUUGGACUGAUUGUCGUUCUGUUUGCAGAUGUGUUUGGUGUAGAAAAAGCAGCUCAUGCCCAUAGCCUUGCUAUAGCUCUCUGUGGGUUUCCAGCCCUAGGAGGACUACCUUUGUUGGGUUAUAUAUUAGAAGUUACAGAAAGUUACAGCAUCAACCAAUCAAUUCUUGGGCUCAGCCAAGUCAUUGGAGCAAUGGUGUGGCUCUUCGAGCCCUUAGCCACAAAGCAUGAGAUGAGAAAGAAAGUCAUAGUCACUGAAUCUGCUAUAUGAUUGUUUUUGACAUAUAAUACAUCAGAAGAAUAUUAUAUUGAAAGAUAAUAGUUAUUUUAGAUAUUUUCCUUGCAUGUAAUUGUCAAUGUUUGUAAUGGUACAUAAUUUGUUUCAUUUGUAUACAGAAAAUUUUUUCAAAACAGCGAUGCCAUCCCUUAAGAUAUGUAUGAUGUAUGUAUUGUAUAAAUAUAUGAAUUUUUCUUAUACAAUUCCUAUUGUUACCCUUGAAGUAGCCACAUGCAUUUGUGAACUAUAGAUUUUUUAGUAUAGAGAUGUUGGAACAUAUAAAAUCUUGAAUACUUUCCAGUAUGUAUAUUUAUUUGUACCUGUAUUAUUUUAUAGGUAAAAUAUUGUAUCAAUAAAAAUGCUGUGCUAAUAACUUGA